UCGACAUUUUAAAAACCGUGCAAAAGAUUUCUGGUAUUCUGUUGGUAAAUUUGAAAUGGCUUUCCUACUACCUAUCCUAUUGUCCAUGUCGCUUUUAAGGCAUUUUAUAAUCCAAGGUUGUGCAGAUGUAGAAAUGGUUUCUAGGGAUAGAUGGGGAGCCCGCUUGUCUUUGGAUAACACCACGAACAGCAUGCCCGUACCUCAUCUUUUUAUCCACCACACAGUCACGCCACAAUGCAACGACUUAAUAUCUUGCUCCCGAAGGAUGAGGGGUAUGCAAAAUUAUCAUAUGGAUGACUUAGGUUGGGAUGAUAUUGGCUAUAAUUUCUUGAUCGGAGGUGAUGGUCGUGUCUACGUUGCUCGUGGAUGGACAAGGAUGGGAGCGCACACGUAUGGAUUCAAUAGGAAUUCUAUCGCAUUCUCACUGAUAGGAGAUUUUACAGAACAGCCUCCAUCGGAAAUCAUGCUUAACGCAACACGGAGUCUCAUUCGCUGCGCUGAAGAUCAGGGUUAUGUGGCCGAAAACUAUAAAUUACACGGACACAGAGAUGCUGGAUGCACAGAAUGCCCUGGCAGUGCCCUCUAUGCCCUCAUCAAGGAAUGGCCUCGUUUCGAAGCAGGACCUUUACCAGGAUAUAGAUGCUUGUAGCGACCAUAAGAGUUUUAUUUAACACAUAAUACUAACGUACGAGUAAUUCUGUCCAUAAUACUUUUAAUUGCCAAUAAAAAUGGUUUCAUCUUUUUUCUGGCAAUAAUUUCUCGCUGAAUUAUUCUGCGACUUUUUUCCCUUCUUCCUGUCAAUCAGUGAUGAAUUCAUGUAGCAGUUAAUGAAUAUUAAUAUUAAUGCCACAUUUGUUUAAUUAUAUGACUUAUUUUUAUGCUGUUAACGGAGAUCUGGACAUCUGAUGUGUACUUACAAGUGAUAAUAAAGGAUAACUGAUAAUAUA